UACUCUACCGUUCAUUUCUUCCAACAUCCGGCGCCCGUUCAUCGUCAUCCUACUCAACCUUGGCUUCCCCCUUGCCCUCUAUGCGAUAACGCACAUUGCAAACGCUCACAAGCAGCUCUCUACAAUGGACUCACCGCCCGCCGCCAACCUGCGGUCCAAGACCAGACGCGCACUCGAAAACCUCAACGGCGCCGCGACCUCGCCGCCCUCUCCUCCCCUCAAGACGACGCGCAACAGCCCUUACCUGCCCACGCCCGCCGAGACGAUAGUCCUGUCACUGUUCCCCAUAAUCCUCUUCUUCGGCACCGUCUUUUCCAUCCUCUCUCCCGACGUCCGCGCCUCGCGCUACGAUGCCUCCACGCAGGCGCAUUCCACCGCCACGGCGCCCUCGUACUUUGCGCGCAAAUCGAACCUGUUCAACAUCAUCUUCGUCAAGCGCGGAUGGUUCUGGAUCACGGCCGCCUUCUUCGCCUUCCUACUCACCCACCCUGGUACCAAGAACGCGACCGUCCGGCUCCAGGCGACCCUCCGCUGGGUGCUCGUCACGACCUGGUGGUUCUUCGUCACGCAGUGGUUCUUCGGCCCGGCUAUUAUAGAUCGGAGCUUCCGCUGGACUGGAGGCAAGUGCGAGCUCGCCGAGGACAAGGUCAGGAUGGGCGAGGGAGACACCAAGGAGUUCUUCACUGCCGUCGCGUGCAAGGCCUCUGGCGGGCGCUGGAGUGGCGGACACGAUAUCUCCGGGCACGUGUUCCUCUUGGUCCUCGGUACUGGCUUCCUGUUGUCCGAGGUCGGCUGGGUGGUCAUGCGCUGGAGAGGUUCGGGAAGGGAAGAGCGCAGCGUCGUCAUGACGGACGGUGCCGUAAAGACGGCCACCGUCGAGGCUCAGGGCCUGAGGGGGAAGCCCGUAUCCGGCGAUGCUCUGGGCUGGGGCGGCAAGUUCGCUGCUGUCAUCAUUGGCUUGGGCUCUUGGAUGCUGCUCAUGACGGCCAUCUACUUCCACACUUGGUUCGAGAAGGUCACCGGUCUUAUUACGGCCAUGCUUGCGCUCUAUGGCGUAUACGUUCUUCCCCGGUUCGUUCCUGCGUUACGACAAGCCGUCGGUUUGCCUGGUAUCUAGGUUAGGUUAGGCCACGAGAAAUACAUUAGAGAAGAGAAAUCCGAGGCAUGUUGCCUGUAUAAUAGAGCCAAUACCCAUUUCAACUACGUUGCGAAACGCUGUUCCAUGAAUCCCUGUAUCCUUUGUGAUCAUUCGUUUGGCUUCUUUGAC